UGCCUUCAAGGAGUUGAUUUGGGCUUCCUUUUUUGGGAAAUGAGACAUUGAGAACUGAGAAGGGAGAAUACAUGAAGAUCUAGCCUGAGAAGAGUCCAUGUAGCCACUGCAUUCAGUCUGCCAGGGGAUGCUGACAGGCUCCCAGUGAAGCUGAAAAGUCACUUCCUGCUGGGGUGGCAUUGAACUUUUUGUUUUUUAUGACAUUUGUUCAGCAUUUAUUAUGAGCCAGACACUAUAAGUUUGGGGAUAGAUACAAGCUGAUUAUGCUGCAGCUUCUCUUUCUUCUACCCACUCCUCUACUUCAUCUCCAUUUGGUCUUCAGAACCACUUGACUUCUGCUUUCUGAUGCCUUGGAGCUUGAAACCAGCAGGAAAUUGAAAGUAUCCUCAUUCCAAAUUUGCCAGAAAGACCAGAUGACGAGGUUCAUGUCUGCCCCGGAAGCAGCGGGCUCCCCAUCUCUUCAGAAGAAGCAGGGUCUCCCACCAGAGCUCGAAACAUGAGGGACUAUGAGAACCAAAUCACCGACCUGAAGAAAGAAAACUUCAACCUCAAGCUCCGUAUUUAUUUCCUUGAAGAACGGAUGCAGCAGAAGUUUGAUGGUCCCACUGAAGACAUCUAUAAAAUUAACAUUGAGCUAAAGGUGGAGCUGGAAAGCCUGAAACGUGAGUUACAGAAGAGGGAGCAUCUCCUCAUCAAAGCCUCUAAAGCAGUGGAGAGCUUGACUGAAAGUGGCGGCUCAGAAAUUCAGUGUGUGAAAGAAGAGGCUCGGAAAAAGUUACAGCAGGUAGAAGACCUCCUGACAGGAAGAAUACGUCUUUUAGAAGAGGACGUUAAAGCUGCCCAAGCUGAAGUGGAAAAGGCAUUUGAGAUUGCAGAGAAAGAGAAGGUUCUGAGAAUGAAUUUAGAAGAGAAGCUUUCAUUUGCGAAAAAUCCUCAUCAGAGAGAUCUGGAUGUAGUCCCAGCCCUGGAAGAAAAAGACAGACUGAUAGAAGAGCUGACACUAUCUUUGAAGAAUAAAGAAGCUUUAAUUCAGCAUCUCCAAGAGGAAAAGUCUCAAAUGGAAUCUCCUGAUGGGAGUUUGUCAUCUGAAAAAGUCCGAGAACUUACUGCUGCUCUGAAGCAAGAGAAGGAUUGUGAGCUAGAGGCUGUUAAAAUGGAAUUUAGAAAUGAGAGAAAUUGCUUUGAAAAGAGAAUGCAGUCGCUUCAAGAGGAUCUGCAAGAGAAAGAAUGUGAAAUUGCUCUCGAAAAGAAAAAUGGGUUGAAAAGGGAUAAAACGAUUCAAGGUCUAACCAUAGCACUAAAAGCAAAAGAAAAAGAGACUGAAGAACUUUCAUCUGAAAUCGAAGACCUGAUUUCUUCCUUAGCUAAACAAAGAGAAGCUGCCCACAGAGCACAGCUCCUGAAAUUCAAGGGGGCUGAAGAUUAUCAGAUUGCUUUGAUGGAAAAAGAAACUGUUUUAGCAGAGCUACAAUCAGACAACCUGACGAAAGAUACCGAGAACCGUAAGCUGGUCAGGAGGAUAAAAUGGCUUGAUCAGGAACUGAAUGACUUGCGACAGGAAAGAGAGAAAAUGGAGAAGGAACUGGAUGAGGCACAACUGCAGAAGAGCAGAGGAGACAAAACCAUUAAUGACCUUAGAAAUCAAGUCGAAAAAUUGCAUGGUGAAAUGAUUGAGAAAGAGAAAGCGGUGGAGCAUCAUUACAAUAUUCUUCUGAGUGAAAGUAAUCAGAAAUUGCACAGCCAAGAACUAGCUAUCAAACACCUAACAGACAGUGUCAGUCAAAAAGAUAUAUUACUUCAGAGACUCGAUGGCAUGGUGAAAGAAAAAGAUGCCGAACAUCAGCAGCUUUUGAACAGGCUGAACCAUCUUCUGAAAGCUAAAGAGGAUCUUGAGUUGAGGAAUGAAGGCUUAAUAACAGAAAAAUGUACUUCUCAACAGUCAGCAGCCAAAGACCCACAUUCAGAGGAAAAUAAGGAAUCUGAGUAUGAAGAGCUGAUUCAUGCUUUAAGAAAAGAAAAACACAUUUAUUCCAGCCUAGUGAAAGCUCUGAAAGACUCAGACAGUAUUAACAGCCUGCAAGCUGAGCUAAGCAAUAUUUUUGCCCUGAGAAAACAACUGGAAGAUGAUGUCCUGGCUUAUCGGAAUUUACGGAAGGUUUUGGAAGAACAAAUUAGGGAAAUUGGAAGGAGAGAAGAAGAAACAUUUUCAUUUUGUGGUGACCAGACAUCAUAUCUUAGUAUUUGCCUUGGAGAGCAUGAUCGUUUUCAAACAGAACAUUUAUCUCUCGAAGAACUUAAAAAGAGGGUCAUUGAACUUGUGCUCCUAGUGAAGGACCUGCAUGCAGAUAACCAAAAUCUGAAGAAGUCCCUUUUGGAGCUCUCUAGAUUGACUCCUCAGGAAACAGAAACAUCUGUCAGCCAGAACCAGUGUCUGGACAAUAAAGAAGAUGAGGCCAUUACAGCAGCAGAAGGUGAUGAGGAGAAGAAUGAUUUCCUGAGGGAGCAGCAUUUGGGGAGGAGGACUGAGGCUACAGUGGACUACUUUGAUGGAAUUUGCAACAACAGAAAUGAAAAGAAUCAUAAUCAAAAGAGUGCUCGUGUUGUGCAGGAAGUAGCUGGAAAACCAGUUAUCCAAAAGGAGCAGAGCCCACAUGAAGGCGAGCCGAUGAACCUAUGCUCAUCUCUCUUAAGUGAAAAUGAAAACCCAGUACUUGAAUCCAGACCAGAACUUAUGAAAGCGUUACGUGAACUGCUCUUGGGUCCUCGGGCUGUGAGCGAACAGAAAGUUUCGGGAGAAGAUUCAGAAGAUAAGAAUGAGAAGAAUCUCAAGGAGUCAGUUGUUCAACUAAGAGCUGAAAUUGGGCAUCUUAAGCAGGUUGGUACAUUCCUAAAGGAACCUGUAGAACUGCAGUCAACUUUGGAUGGAAAGGGAGGAUUUUAUUUAGGUGCUGUGGCAUCCAUGAAUGAGGAAAUGAGGCUGUUGAAGAUCGGCCUGAAAGAUGCUGCUGUACAAACCGUGGACCUUGGGGGUCAUGGAUUGGGAUAUGGAGGAAAAGGAGAUAUUUCAGAAGAAGCCAGAAAAUGUUCUGAAUCAAAUGCAGAGCUUGACCAAGAAGCUAUAUCUAGGGUGUCAGAGCACCAGAAGAGCACUCUUUCAACCACAGCACAAAAAAGCGAUAAGAAAUCCCGUUUACCCAUUCCAUUAAAACCAUCUAGAUCAUUAGGAAGUGUAAACUUAACCUCCGCUACCCAGGAGACAGCGCCUUAUCUGCCGAACCAGAUAGGUGAGCCGCAUGGAGAUCUGAAGGAAUAUAAAACCCGAAACAAACAACUUCGCCCAGAGUUAUCUGCCACUGAAGCUAUGAUUGAAAAACUACAAGAGCAUCCAGUGCAGGACAGACUUCUUUUAAAUGCUGGGCCAUGGUUGAAGCCAGACUGCCAGGAGGGCCAGCUGGAGUUGAAGGGGCCUGGAGGUGAUACCUGUGGCAAGGACGAAAGCGAACUGGAUAAGGAUCCGAAAAAUAGACAAGAAUCCGAACCUCAUCAGGAUAAUGAGUCGGACAUCAUGCCACCAAGCAAAGACUGCCGCCCAGAGGACUUUCCAGACGAAGCUUCAUCUGUGUCUUACACAAGUUCCAAGAGUUUCUUUUCCCCCAAAGGAAGUUUAAAUGGUACAGCCAUCCCUGAGGAUGUUGAAAACUUGGAUGACCUGGACUAUUUGCAGGAGAGAAUUAAGGGGUUGAAGAGUGAACUUGAAAAGUACCAGAAGGUUGUGUUUCAGUUGCAAGUUGCUAAGCAGUCUCAGUGCCGGGAGGCCAUUGACACCGUUUUGGGAGGGACCGAAGAGGCCCCAGAAGGGCAAGACACACCAAGGGACCGCACUGAGGACAAAGAAAUGAAGAUGUCUCCUAGGUUCCAUCAGCUUCCUUAUGAAAAGUGGGCAGAAAUCCCGAAUCCACCUGCUUCAGAGGUGUCUGGUGAAAGAAUAGUAGAAAACCUGAAGCAACAACUAGAGGACCGAGAAACCGAGCUGGAAAAAGAGCAAGCGGCAAAGAUGACCUUGCUGGGUGAACUGUGUUCCCUGCAGACCAAACUUCGAGAGAUGUCCCCUUCAAGAUACGAUUCAUUAGUUCAGUCACAAGCCAGGGAGCUCUCUUCUCAGCGCCAGCAGAUUAAAGACAGCCUCAGCAUCUGUGUCAGUUGCCGCCAACAUAUGACCGCCCUGAUUAAAGCUUUAGAGGAGCUGCUGCAGGCCAGCGAUGUCGAUUACCGUGUUGCCGACGGCAUCCGGGAGCAGCUGAAUCGAAGUGUUCAACUGUUCGAGAAAUUGGAAAAGAUGUUUCUUAAUGGAGAAUCAUCUGGCGCUCGAGUCAACAAACAAAGUGAAUUAACACAGGGAACCAAGAAAACUGACUCACUGUGCCCAGAUCAGUCACCAAUGCCCUCAGAUUGUGAGGUAUCAGAAAAGUCGUCUGUUGGAUCACCAGAACGCAAGCCAGGUGGUGUGGAGUUGGAAAAGAUUUCAGUUCUGGCCAGCAAUUUUUCUCAAGUGAUGUAUGACAAGGAUAAAUUGGCAAAUAGGGUAACAGUGAUGAAUGCCGAUAAGUUCCCGACUCAGGCUGAACUGCAGAGCAAAUGGAAAGAAAAUUGUAGAGCAGCAAAGCAAGAAAACAAAGACUUAUUAAUGGAGCAUCUGCAAGAAAUUCGAACUUUGCGAAAACGUUUAGAAGAAUCCAUUAAAACAAAUGAUAGACUACGGAAGCAGCUUGAACGGCAAGGGACUGAGCUGGAGACAGGAUCUGCAAACAUUUUUAUCCAUGGCUCUGAGCAACAUAAUUCCCUGACUUCUGAAAUUCAUUUCCUGAGGAAGCAGAACCAAGCUCUCAAUGUAAUGCUUGCAAAAGGAUCUCGAGAUAAACAAAAGGAAAAUGAAAAAUUACGAGAAUCUCUGUCCAAGAAGGAUGUGAUCAUUGAGCACCUUCACAGGGAUUACGAAUGUGUGAAGAAAGAAAAUGAAAGGUUGCAGAAACAAGUCAGCGAGAAGGAGAAAGACAACAGGCUUCUGACUCAUGAGAUUUACAGCAAUCGUAACGAAUUAAACAGGUUGCAGACGGAAAUGAAUGUAAAGCAACAGCAACUAUCCGCGAAUGACAAAUUACUGCAGUCGCUAAGAGUUGAACUCAAGGUGUAUGAAAAGUUGGAUGAAGCGAGCAGAAGACCGAUAGAUCCUAGGCAAGCAGCUGCAGCUGAAGAAUGCAGAAAAGAUCAAAAUAAUCUGCUUGACUUAGCCGAACUUCUGACAGAGAUACAAAGCUUGCGGGUGCAACUUGAAAGAAGCAUAGAAACCAACAAUGCCUUACGAAGAAAAUUAGAGGAGCAGCUUUCCAAAGGAGAGAGAGAAUUAGAGGGAUCGGUGCAGACUUUGAACAUCAACCACCUUUCGAAACAAGAAUGGCAGCAUUGUAGAGGAAAUAAUGCUGGAAAUGAGCUCUCCCUUGAAGAAGGCAAUAGUAAGUGUGAGAUGCUGAAUCCUGGCCUGCCAACCCCACCAAAAUCAGCUUCAGAGACGCCUCUGGCCUCAGUGGAGGAUUUAGACAGCUCUUCGUGCUGUAGCAGUGGAUCCGCUUCCAGCUCCCUGUGCACCCCGCCACGCCUGGUCCCUGGCCACCGCAUGUGGGCAAACAAGAACGGACGCCAUAUACUUGGAUUGAUUGAGGAUUAUAAUGCUUUGCGCAAGCAGAUCUCCGAAGGGCAGAAGCAGUUAUCUGAAAUGGAAACUCAUCUUCUGGGCAUCACUGGCCUGAAAAACCAAGAAACUGGAUUCAAGGUUCCAGACCAGGCAUCGCUGAAUAGCUUUUCUGCCAGCGUUAACACAGCACAGCAGAUAUUAGAAGAGGCAGCUCGUUUAUUGAAGCUUCUCUGGAGGGUUUCACUUCCCAUAAACGGCCACUGUACUCUUCCCUCUAAUCAGGGUGAAGAAAUGAAAGCUGAAGUCAUCAGGCUGCGUAAGAAAAUGUCUGAGCAAGAGAAGAAGCUUCACUGCACCGUCAAAAAUCUGCAGCUGAGGAAACAUCAGGAGAAAGUCAUCUUCGAUCAGUUGGUUUUAACUCAUGAAGUCUUAAGGAAGGCCAGAGGAAACCUUGAGCUGAAGCCAGGGAUGACUCACUCCGGACCGCUUGUUACCAGCCAACCUGGAUUCUGAGAAAAAACUUCAGCUAAUAAAGGGCAUGGCCUCCCUGCUGGCAUCUUUUCUGCACUACUUGUGUUUUUUGCUCUACUUGUGUUUCCUAUUUAUUGAUUGAAAGGCUUUCCCUAAUUCAUGCCCAGGUGAAGCCAUCUCAUUUAAAUCAGUGAAAAAAUAAUUUUUAACACUUCUUGCUGUACAGAUAAGUGUGGAUGUGUUUUGUAAACAGGAUUAGAAACUCACCCUAUGGUACUAGUUGAGCAAAGUGGUUUAGAAAGACUUCACUUGAGGAGCUCUUUGUGCAUAUCCCAUUUCAUUAUUUGGAAUUCCAGAGAACCACAGCACAAAAGCUCAAACUCGUAAGUGGCUUUUUUUUUCUGAAAUAUAUUAAGUGUCAAUAUAGCAAUGUUGGCUUUUAGGAUGGAAGGAGAUUUAGAAUUAAGUGGCCCUGAAGAGAAUUUGAGAUAAGCUUUUGGAUUUGCUGAGCAAACUUUCUACUACCUGGACUGAAGACGCUAAUUAAAUUUUACCUUUAUUUAAACCUG